AAUAAAUGAAAUUGAGGCUGAUAUGGUGCUGAUACGUUAUGAACUUGUGUAUUGCCUAGAUGAACACGUGUGUGUAGAUGCUCAACAAGUAGAUGAUGGUGAAAGUUGAAAUUAGGGAAUUAUCAAUAUACAAAAUAUUAUUGUUUCGACUAACAAAACAGGACAACAUGAAACGAUGCAUAUUUUGGAUAGUUGUAAAUAUGCUUAUUGUUUUUAUUGUUUUUCAUAUUUUACUGGAUGAAAUAUUAAAUGAUGCAGCUGAUGUUCGGACAACGAACAAAGUUAUAGCAGGGAAUGACGUAGAAAGCAAACAAAGCAUUGUGUCGUCUACGGAGAGAAAAGAGGACGGCAAUGCGAGGAAAGGCGUUGUGGAAGAGGGGGGUCGACAUAAUCAAAGAAGAUGUAUCGGAUGGUAACUAUAUAGAGUGCCUAAUCAGAUCAGCCGACUACACGCACAUAUUUGUAUUCGAAGACAAUAUUCAUGCCAACAUAGAGGAGAUCCGAAGUUUUCAUAAAGUAAUUCUAGACUCCAUAAAAGAUAUUAAGAAUAUUACUGUUCUCCCCGUUAUUUCGAAGCCUCCUAAUAUCCUUACGACAAUGGAUAUAACACAUGACAUCAAACUACGUCUUUUAUCCAACAUGUAUGAACGUUAUAGCAAGGACCAUCAUAUCAGGACAAUUAUGGUAAACAUCGAGAGUAUUGUGAUUGGUGAUGGUUUAGACUCAGAGAGCGGAGUGAUGAAUAUAUUAGACCAAUUGCAAAAUGAUUCAGCUGUCCAAAUUGAGCAACAAUUGGGAAGUGCAGUAGAAGAAAGAUUCCAAACUCCAUGUACAGGUGAUGACAGAAUUGAUCGUGAACUUUGCAAUAAGAUUACGAAAGUCUCCCAUGUGACCGAUGUCAUUAAGCACAUUACUGAUGAACUGGCCAACCCGAUACAUGAUGAUUGGUUCAACGCAAUUAUUAUCGACAUGGGCGAGGAAGUCUCAAUAAGUGAAUUUGUGGACUCACUAAAAAGUGCACUUGACGGGUUUUCAUACCUUAAAUGUAUGAAAGGCUAUGAAGAUGCAAAAGACCUGAAACUGCCGCUUGAAAUUGUAACACAUCAACAUAAAAUUGCUCACUUCGUAGAUUGGUUUCUGAAAAGAAAUAUUGGACUAAAUGCAGAACUGGAUAGUUUUUACGACAGACGAAUGGAAGAGUCCCUAGAUGAUAAAAGCGACUGCAAACGGUACUCCAAUCGAGAGGUUGAUCGCAAACUUCUGGAACAAUUGAAGAAAAACAAAGAGAAGUAUCUAAAUUACUCUGAUGACGUUAACAUUUCGGAUGCUGAAGAAAAACGAACAUAUUUUGCUUUCUUUGAAGGCGUGACAUCUAGUGGUGGUGACCUUGAAAUAGUUUUUCCAAGAUUAAGAAAUGAUAUCACGGAGCUGAGGAAAGAAUGUCUUAAGAUACCAACGUGCAUAGCCUUCCUUACAAAUGGGACCCUCAAAUCAAAUGUAAGGACGAAGCACUAUUGGAAGAAGGUGGCCGAGUUUGGUAAAGAUGAGGGAAUGUACAUAGCAGAUAUCAAUGUUUGUGAGGAAUCACGGUACAAGUGCAAAGCUGGAACUACUUGUGUGUAUAUAAGCCCUGGUCAGUUCGGUUGUGACUGUGGGGAAGGAUAUGAAGAAACGGUGACAAGAACAUGUCUUCCUUUGUACAAUAACACAGAAAUACAACAACAAGUGCACAGACAAAAGAUGGCACUGUCUUACAAUGGAGUUAAUAUUGAUCCACUAAAAGAUGGCGCUGAAUUUGUAAAGAUUUCUAAUGUAAUACAAGCUGGAACAUCAUUCAUGUCUGCCUCUCAACACAAAGAGAAUACUACAGAACUUAAAGCCAUAUGUCGUAAUACGCCAUUAUGUAUAGGAUUUAACUAUUAUGGGUUAUUGAUGAAUAAAUUUAGACCAUUCAACACAUGGUUGUUUGGCUAUGACGAGGUCCCUGGGCAUGACGUUUACGUUCUAGACCUUAAUUAUUGUCUCCUCGCAGAUAAGAUGCCAAACAACAAGAUAGUGACUUGUUAUAGAAUAGGACCAGGAAUGUACAACACGUCAAAUAUUUAA